AUGGUUUCCUUCACCUCCCUCCUCGCCGCCGUCUCGGCUGUCACUGGCGUCAUGGCCCUUCCCUCCGCUCAGCCCAUUGACGGCAUGAGCGUUGUCGAGCGUGAUCCUCCUACAAACGUCCUCGACAAGCGCACCCAGCCCACUACUGGCACAAGCGGUGGCUACUACUUCUCUUUCUGGACUGACACACCCAACUCUGUCACCUACACCAACGGCAACGGUGGCCAGUUCAGCAUGCAGUGGAGUGGAAAUGGUAACCACGUCGGUGGAAAGGGCUGGAUGCCCGGUGCUGCUCGCACCAUCAAGUACUCUGGUACUUACAACAUCAACGGCAACAGCUACCUCGCUGUUUACGGAUGGACCCAGAACCCUCUCAUCGAGUACUACAUCGUUGAGAACUUCGGCACCUACAACCCCUCGUCCGGCGGCCAGAAGAAGGGUGAGGUCACCGUUGACGGAUCUGUCUAUGACAUCUACGUCAGCACCCGUGUCAACGCCCCCUCGAUUGAGGGUAACAAGACCUUUCAGCAGUACUGGUCUGUUCGACGCAACAAGCGUUCCAGCGGAUCCGUCAACACCGGUGCUCACUUCCAGGCCUGGAAGAACGUCGGCCUCAACCUUGGUAACCACAACUAUCAGAUCCUUGCUGUUGAGGGCUACUACAGCUCUGGCUCUGCCAGCAUGACUGUCUCCCAGUAA